GCGACACUUGGACAGUGCUCAGCACCUGCACCUGUGGGGUAGCCGGGAUUUCAAAGGUCCCGGCGAGGACACUGCCAUCCCCAGUCCAUUCCCCACCGGACCUGCUCUGCGCAUCCCUGUCUCUGGGCUAACUGGGAUUCUCUGUGCUCCCUGGAGCUCUGACUCCCACCUCCUCUGACUGCGUCCUCCCGUCCUGUUGGUCCUGUUUCCGGAGUGAUGUGCAGCGUGAAGUGCAGCGGAGGGAGAGUGGCCUCCGUAUGAGAUGAUAAAGCCUAGCUGCACAGAAACGCAGUGGAAUCGAACACUGCAAAACAAUGCGGAGAGCGAAGGAAAGAAAACAAAAACCCAAAGGGGCUGCCCCUUCGGUGGUUCCCGUUCUUCAGAAGUUCCUGAAGACCUAUCAGAAGCACUGCAUACAGUCUCGGACUUCCAUGUGUCCCACCAUCCAAAGGGACCUUAAGAGCAGCAUUGACAGAGAGCAGAUCCUCAGGAAGUUUAUGCUUGUGAGAGCUGGCAACUCCACGGCAAGCUUGCUACCUGUUUCCUUGGAACCUUUGCUCAUGACCAUCCGAGAUGAGAGCUACACACUGGGCAAGGAGAUCUGCCUCUGUGGACUUCAGCUGACAAACCCAGAGAUCGCCAGACUCGCUUUGUUUCUGGAGCAGAAGGGGCACACCACUUGCCCAGUGACUACAUUGGAAAUCAUUGAUUGCAAGAUGGAUCUGUGGUCUCUGGGGCGACUUGGGAAAGCUCUGCAGUUCAGCAGUUUGCAAGUCCUGGUCCUCGACUACUGCAAGUUUGGAAAUGAAGAACUUGAGAGUAUCUUCUCAGGCCUGGAGAGCAACCAAAGGCUGCAGGGCCUCAGUAUGCGCUACUGUGGGCUGGGGCCCCAGAGUGGGCCAAGGCUGGGCUCUGUCAUCAGCCACAGUGCCAUUUGUGAGCUGUGCCUGGAUGGAAAUCACUUGCAGUGUUCUGGAGCACUGGCUCUCCUCAGACCUAUAGCAGAAUAUGCAGAGACACAGAGGAAGGACCAGCCUACCUCGGCAUCGCCACAUGUUGGAAAUACCCCUCUGCUUUCCCAAGUGUUCCGAGGAGCAAGCUCAACUCUGAGUCAGAUUGUGAAGUCUUCUGAAACUUUAACAGCAAAAAGGACCUCACAGAGGAAACGUGGAAAAGGAGGAAUCAGGAAACAAGUUAAAAUCCCAGCGGAAGCCGGCCCUUGGAUAGUGGCGCUGCGUUUGGCAGAUAACAGCAUAGACGGGACAGGGAAGGAGGGAGAGCAACUGCUGGAACUCACUGGAACUUUAACAUGCCUGAUCAAAUACUCGACUCACUUAAGGGAGAUGGACCUUGAAAACAACACCCUGGGAGAAACGACUGCGGCGGCCAUCCUAGAAGCGCUGAGAGCCAGGAAGACAGGUAAACUACCACCCCUAAAAGUUACAGUCACUCCUCGGAUCUCUUCAGACACCUUCAGGUCUAUUUGGAAACUUAGCAAGGAAUCUAAUAGGACGCGUAAAAAGAAGAAAAAGGUAAAUUCGUCAAUGUCUGCACAGUUAAGUAGCAGCCAGCAGGGGGCGCGAGAUGAAGCGUGGCCCUCGGUGGAAAUUGAUGGCGCCUUCAACCCCAGAAUUUAG